GGGGAUUCAUGUGGCAUUCAUUCUUCACAAUGGAAAACGAUGAGCGGUCGGGAGCAAGUGAAUCACGGUUGGUUUUACGUAACGAAGCGUAAUACUGAGCUGGGUAUGAAAGCAUUCAACCUUCCGCCAAUGAGUAGGACAUCGAUCACGGCUCGACUCUCCUUCAACUACAAGUUCUAUGGCUACACAUCGUGUAGUCUCCUCGUAAGCGUCGGUCGAAACCUGAAGCUCAAAGAGCGUCGUCGUAAUACCAGGGACUCGGGGUGGAGAAGCGCCCCCAACGUCGACUUCUGUUGUUGCCCGCGGUGUCCAACGAUAUUCUUCAAAGCUGUGUGCAAGUUUGGGAAGGGUGGAGUAGCUGUCGAUGACAUAGUCGUAUCAGUUGUCAGGAUCCAUCAACCACUAUCUCGUUCGAAAACGCUCACAACGCAGAAGUCAAUGACAGCGUCAGCCCCGAUUAACCAACGAGCUUCAACAGCAGCCGGGACAACCAGUACCAACGGUUCUACAACUUUGCCUAGCACCUUGAGGAUGAUUCCCCAAACAGAAGUCUCGACUCAACCGAAGUACCACAGCCAAACACAUGACACCUUUGAUACAAUGGCAGGAACCUUCGAAACAAGCACUUCUUGCACAACCAACGGGUCUACCUAUGGAACCUCUUCUGAACUACCAACCCAGACUCGACAGAGCAAUACUUUUUUAAAGGUGGUACGUACUUGGGCACCAGGUGAACCAAAACAUCCACAAAAGUUAAAGGUUAUUUUACCUCUGGUGAGCUUGGGAAUAUUAGUGAUCGUCGCGGGGUUGGUGGGGAUGUGCGUACGAAUGCAGAUGAAGGGUCGGAAAGAGAUUCCAAGCCAUGUCAACACGACUGUGUCAUUUCGCGCAAGAGGCAAAGGCCUUGGCAACAUGGACUUCAGACAAGAGCAUCAUCAUCUGGACACAAGAUUAGAGACUUCUGGUCAGGAAAAUGGAGACCAUCACUACAUUCCAAUGAAUCCCAUACGAUCAACGGAACCAUCACCUAAUGGGAGUCGUGAUCCCGUAGUGAUUUAUGAAAGUGCCACCGAUGAAACGGAAAAGCGCCACAUCACCAAGAAGCAUGAACCUACAUACAGAAACCUGACGAACAGAGAACAGCGCCCUCACUUAUACGCGAAUUGCCUUCAGUCGUCGGAUUGUGAAGGCACAACACAGACAAACUGGUUUGAUAGCUGUGGCUGUACCCUGAAAAAUGAUAAGCUUCAUACAAUUUCCUGUUCGGAGAAUGAAAUUUUUGAAGAAGACAGCUUCGUCAGGCAUGGUCAUUACAUCCCAAUGGACAUGCAGAGUAAUUCCUUUUCCGGUCGUGAAUGUUGGGACCGUUGGGACCAUUACUAUAUUCCAAAGAGGGCGCCCUUCACAGUCAUAUGAUAACAGAAUACACUUCUAAGCAAACACGAUCUACUACCAAACUUUUACAAACACAAUUUGCAGGAGAAGAAUUGUCAACAUAAGCAGAUUGCUUGAAAGAAAAAUGAUAUCCCCAGAUUAA